CGUUUUGAUUCGAUUCUAUUUUCUCACUUGUCAUCCUCUCGAUUCGCCAACUGAUCUUCUAACCAUCUCCAUCUCCCUCUCUCUCUCUCUCUCUCUCUCUCUCUGACAAGCAACUCCAAUGGCAGAAUCCAAACCUGGAACAACGCAAGCUCCACCUGAUAAGGACGUAAAGGCACAUAAUUUGCUUGAAAGAGCAAAGGAAGAGAUUGAGGCAAUGCGGCACACUGACAAAUCACAUCAUGAUCACAAGGAAACUCAUGGAUUGCGAAAUGAUAUCGAUGAAAACACCCCGUUAGACGGUGUCAAAGCUCCGAAUAUGUUCGAGAGGGCGAAGGAGGAGUUUGAGGCCAUAGUUGAAGCAAUUCAUCCCAAGAAAGAGUCUCCCACUCACUGGAAAAAAGGACGAAAGUAAAAAGGAGUCGAAAAAACAGGAGAAAGCUGAUUCUCUAUCAG